AUGUUUGGUCAGCAGUUUCGAUCAUCCAAAGCGUUCGUGAAGAUCGUGGUCUGCAUGGCGACAUUUACGGACAUCUUCCUCUAUGGCCUUAUCGUUCCCGUGCUGCCUUUUGCUCUCUCCGAGAGGCUUGGCCUGCCAGACGAUAUGAUCCAGAGAUGGAACUCUAUUCUCCUUGGCAUCUACGGCGCUGCUAUAUUAUUGGGCUCUUUGCUCUUCGGUUAUAUCGGCGAUCGCAUGCGAAGCAGACAGAGUCCGUUCGUGUUCGGUCUACUCGUCCUCGGCGGCGCUACAGCUCUUUUUGCGGCGGGAACCUCCUUGACCGUUCUCAUCAUAGCCAGGAUUCUUCAAGGAGCAUCAACCGCCAUAGUGUUUACAGUCGGAUUUGCUCUACUGGUUGAUAAGAUCGGAAGAGAACAAAUCGGCGAGGCCAUGGGUUACACUAGCAUGAGCAUGUUUCUAGGAUUGUUCAGCGGUCCUCUCGUCGGCGGUAUAAUCUACAGAUAUGGGGGAUACUUUGCAGUCUUCAUCCCCGCCUUUUGUCUCAUUGGCCUGGAGAUCUUGCUCCGCUUCCUUUUGGUGGAGGAGGACAGGUAUACAAAUGAAUCACGACUGCUGGACGAAGAAAGACUGCUCCACUUACCGAGGCCAACAACGGAGCAUCGACCACACCAAUCCAGUAUUUUGGUCCUGCUUUCUUCUCCACGUCUGAUCAUUGCCAUGAUAGGUCUGUUCACAAUCAACAGUUUUACAACAGCUUUUGAAGGUGUCUUACCCGUGUACGUCAAAGAACUAUUUCACGUCAACUCGAUGCAAGCCGCACUGUUGUUUCUUUCCCUCACGAUUCCGAUGCUGCUCGCGCCUUUAACUGGCAAGUUAGUGGAUCAGUUUGGAGUAAAAUGGCCAGCAGUUAUCGGAUUCGGAGUGUGCAUUCCCAGUCUACUGUGCUUGGGACCGGUGGUACAUAACACAGUCCACGACCUGGUAUCCCUGGUGGUGGUGCUUUUUUUUGUAGGAGUUGGUGUCAGCCUAGCCUUGCCUCCGAUGAUGACGGAGGUUACAUACGCCAUGGAAGAGCAGGAGGAAAAACAUCCGGGGAUAUUUGGCCCAUAUGGGGCGUAUUCUCAAGCUUAUGGGUUGACAAAUGCAGCAUUUGCGGGAGGGGCGUUGGUAGGGCCAGUAUGCGCUGGCUUUCUAAGAGUUACAUAUGGCUGGCCGAUCAUGUCUUUGGUCAUGGGAUGUUUGAGUGCAGUGGUGAUGGUAUUAUGCUUAUUUGAGAGUGGUGGAAAGCUGCAGCUACGCAACAAGCUGCGUCGGACUAGAUCAGUUCUCCGAACAUGA